GCGGCUCCGCCUGGCCGGUGACGGUGAGAUACUCCAGUAAACCCCACGAAAACCCUCACCCUGACCCUGCUGCUCCCCCGCGGUGGGCUCCCCGUAAAUUCUCCCCCGAAACCGCCCGAGAUGGCGGCUGCGGCGGCGCGGCUGUUGGAGAGGGCGACGAGAACCGCGGCAUCCUGCUCCUCCGCUCUUCUCCGCAGUCCUCUGGAUUCUUUCUCCGGACGCUUCCCAAGCUUCCGGUCGCCCCUCCUACGGCCGGCUCCGGCGCCGUCGACCGUCUUCCCCCGGGGCCUCUCCGACACGGCCUUCGACGCGCAGGCGCUGGACACCCGCGUACCCGCCACCGUCAUCACCGGCUUCCUCGGCUCCGGCAAGACAACCCUCCUGAAUCACAUUUUAACUUCACAGCAUGGGAAGAGAAUCGCUGUAAUUGAGAACGAGUUUGGUGAGGUGGACAUUGAUAGCUCACUCGUUGCAAGUCAUUCAUCAGUUGCCGAGGACAUUGUAAUGGUGAACAAUGGUUGCUUGUGUUGUACUGUCCGAGGGGAUCUUGUAAAGAUGCUUCUGAAGUUGGUAAAGCAAAAGGGGGACAAGUUUGAUCAUAUUGUUAUUGAAACAACAGGUCUUGCAAAGCCUGGUCCUGUCAUUGAGACAUUCUGUUCUGAUGAACUGGUCUCUAGAUAUGUGAAGCUUGAUGGUGUGGUUACUAUGGUUGAUUGUAAGCAUGCCAUGAAACAUUUGAAUGAAGUAAAGGCCAGGUGGGUUGUAAAUGAGGCUGUAGAGCAAGUUGCUUAUGCAGACAGGAUUAUAUUGAACAAGACUGAUUUGGUUGAUAAUGCAGAACUGGAGGUGUUAAUUAACAAAAUUAAGCUCAUAAAUGGGAUGGCACAGAUGAGAAAAACAAAGUUUGGUGAUGUUGACAUGGAUUUUGUGCUAGGAAUUGGGGGCUAUGAUCUUGAUAGGAUUGAGUCUGAAGUCCAGUUGCAUGAAAGAAAAGAGACAGGUCAUUGCCAUGCUGGAGAAGAACAUGGGCAUCAGCACCAUCAUGGACAUGUCCAUGAUUCAGCUGUCUCAAGUGUUAGCAUUGUUUCGGAGGGAGUACUUGAUCUUGAUGAGGUGAAUGACUGGCUUGAGAGACUCGUUGAAGAGAAAGGGGAGGAUCUUUAUAGAUUGAAGGGUGUAAUCUCCGUAAAUGAGUCAACUGGACGUUUCGUAUUCCAGGGUGUGCACUCUAUGUUGGAGGGAUGCCCAGCUAAACCAUGGGAGCCGGAUGAGAAAAGAUUCAACAAAUUAGUAUUUAUUGGAAGGAAUUUGGAUGAAGCUGCACUGCGAAAAGCCUUCAAAGGCUGCUUACUGUGAACACUCUGAUCACGUAUUGAGUCCUGGGAAGCCAUGCAUAUAUCAAACUGUACAAGAUGUUUGCCUUGUGCUCGCUGAUAAAAUGCUUACUGUUUGUCACCAACGUAUUAGGCCAAUCUAAAUGUGUUGCAUGUCAUACGUGGGUGGUGGGUCAUGGUUUACGUUUAUUUGUGGUAUCCUCAUCUGUGCCAGGAUCAUACCUGUGUAUCAUGGACAAUCAGACAACAGAGUAAACUUUUUUAAGGGAAAACCAAGAGUUCAUGUCCCAA